UCAGUUGUCACCAGGCCGUUUCCUCUCCAAACUCUCUCUCGUUCACUCGCUUGCUCCUCCUCCAUCUUCUCCCCUCUCUCUCUCUCUCUCUCUCUGCUUUUCAACUCUUCGGAUCCGUCGGUUUCCUCACAGCGUGCGAUCGAGUCUUCGACGAAUAUUGGAUCGACUCAUUCUGUGGUUCGGUAUCGCUGAGGAAAUAAAGUGGGAAGGAUGGGGCUGAUCUCGGGGUUGAUUAUGGGAGCGAUGGUUGGAAUUUCUCUGAUAGCCGGAUGGAACCGCAUGAUGAAGCGCCGAAGCGCUAAGCGCGCCGCCAAGGCUGCUGAUAUAAAACUCCUUGCGUCUAUGGGCAGAGAUGAGUUGAAGAAACUUUGUGGUGACAGUUACCCUGAAUGGGUUUCGUUUCCUGCAUUUGAACAGGUGAAGUGGCUAAACAAGUUGUUAGGCAAAAUGUGGCCCUUUAUUGCAGAAGCAGCAACGCUGGUAAUCAAGGAUACAGUUGAACCAUUACUGGAUGAUUAUAGGCCAUCAGGAAUAUCUUCACUCAAGUUCAGCAAGCUCUCUCUUGGGAAUGUGCCACCUAAAAUUGAAGGUAUUAGAGUUCAGUGUCUCAAGAAAGGACAACUUACAAUGGACAUUGAUUUUCUAUGGGGUGGAGAUCUGAGCAUAAUUCUUGUAGUCGAUGCAUUCGUUGCUUCACUGCCUAUUCAGUUAAAGGAUCUACAGGUCUUCACCGUAAUACGUGUUAUAUUUCAACUUUCCGAAGAGAUUCCCUGCAUUUCUGCUGUUGUCGUUGCACUACUCGCCGAGCCAAAGCCUAGAAUAGAUUAUACAUUGAAGGCUGUGGGAGGGAGCCUCACUGCUAUUCCUGGCCUUUCAGACAUGAUCGAUGAUACUGUCACUUCAAUAAUCACUGACAUGCUUGAAUGGCCCCACAGAAUUGUUGUUCCACUAGGUGGAGUAGAUGUCGAUAUUAGUGAGCUAGAGCUCAAACCACAAGGGAAGCUCACAGUAACAAUUGUCAGAGCGACCAGCUUAAAGAAUCAAGAACUUGUCGGUAAAUCCGAUCCGUACGUAGUUCUAUACGUCCGCCCAGUUUUCAAAGUCAAAACCAAAGUCGUCGACGACAAUCUCAACCCUGUGUGGAAUGAGACAUUCGAACUUCUUGCCGAGGACAAGGAAACGCAAUCUAUUAAUUUCGAGGUUUACGAUGAAGACAACCUUCAACAGGAUAAAAAGAUGGGCGUUGCGAAAUUAAGUUUACAGGAACUGAAACCUGAAGCCACCAAAGAGAUGGAGCUGAAGCUGCUUUCAUCACUGGACACUCUAAGCAUCAAGGAUAAGAAGGACAGAGGGAGCCUUACGGUGAAGGUGCUAUACCAUUCGUUCACGAAAGAAGAACAGCUGGUGGCGCUGGAAGAAGAAAAGAGAGCUCUAGAGGCGAGGAAGAAGCUGAAGGAUGAGGGGGUCAUCGGAAGCACGAAGGCUGUCAUCGGCAGGGCGGCUUCCUUGGUCGGCUCAGGCGUCGGCAUGGUCGACACCGGCAUCGUGGCCGGCGCCGACCUGGUGCAGACAGGCGUCGGUGCCGGUGUCGGGCUGGUCGGGUCCGGCCUCGGCGCCGGUGCCGGGAUAGUCGGGUCCGGCCUCGGCGCCGGUGCCGGGAUAGUCGGGUCCGGCCUCGGCGCCGGCGCAGACUUAGUGCAGACCGGCGUCGGCGCCGGCGUCGGGAUGGUCGGAUCCGGCGUCGGCGCCGGCGUCGGGAUGGUCGGAUCCGGCCUCGGCGCCGGCGUUGGACUCGUCGGAAGCGGGCUCGGCGCCGUAAGCAGAGCUGGGAAGUUCAUGGGCAAAAGCGUGACGAACCAGUUCAGCAGCUCUAAGAAGACCAGCAAUCCGGAGAAAGGAGCACGUGGAAAUGUCAGUCAGCGAAAUUGAUUGAAUAUGUUGCGUGAUCUGUUUCUUCGCUGAUUACCAAAAUUUUCUUAUACGUCCACCGACACUACUCCUCCUCCUCUUUUCUCUAAGUAGUUCAGAAACCAUCAUCCGAU